AAUUGGCGUUUAUAUAAAAGCACUUCAGGCGGCGCCAUUCAAUUCGAUUUGAACUUGAACGUAGUAGAAGUAAACGAAGCAUAUAACUCAGUGGUGAAAAAGUUGCAAGCAGGUUAUUGUCAGAAAAAGUUUAAGAAGUCAGUUUCUGGUGUAAAUCUAUCAUUCAUUGGGAGUGAAAAUUAAAUUCAACAUGGUGAACGCUCCUGCAGUUGGAAUUGAUUUGGGCACCACUUAUUCUUGUGUUGGUGUUUGGCAGCACGGAAAAGUGGAAAUCAUCGCAAACGAUCAAGGUAACAGAACAACACCCAGUUAUGUUGCUUUUACCGACACCGAGCGUCUUCUUGGAGACGCUGCCAAGAACCAGGUCGCGAUGAAUCCCAGUAAUACCGUUUUCGAUGCCAAACGUCUCAUAGGCCGCAGAUACGACGAUCCAAAAAUCCAGCAAGAUAUCAAACACUGGCCAUUCAAAGUCAUCAGCGAUGGAGGGAAACCCAAGAUUCAAGUUACGUACAAAGGCAACAUUAAAAAUUUUGCUCCUGAAGAAAUCAGUUCCAUGGUCCUUACCAAAAUGAAGGAGAUUGCAGAGGCAUAUUUAGGCAAUCCCAUCAGAGAUGCAGUCGUCACAGUUCCAGCAUAUUUCAAUGAUUCCCAGCGGCAGGCUACAAAAGAUGCAGGGGCCAUUGCAGGUCUCAAUGUUCUGAGAAUUAUAAACGAACCUACAGCAGCCGCUUUGGCUUAUGGUCUUGAUAAGAACUUGAAAGGAGAAAAAAAUGUUCUUAUUUUCGAUUUGGGCGGAGGAACAUUUGAUGUAUCUAUUCUAACCAUCGACGAAGGAUCUCUGUUCGAAGUUAAAUCUACUGCGGGUGAUACCCAUCUUGGCGGAGAGGACUUUGACAAUAGAUUGGUCAAUCACUUUGCAGAAGAGUUUCUACGUAAAUACAAGAAGGACCUUCGCAAAAAUCCAAGAGCGCUUCGUAGAUUGAGAACAGCUGCUGAAAGGGCGAAGCGUACUUUAUCCUCCAGUACAGAGGCUUCUCUUGAAAUUGAUGCCCUUUAUGAAGGAAUCGAUUUUUAUACAAAAAUAAGUAGAGCUAGAUUCGAGGAGUUGUGUUCUGAUCUGUUCAGAGGUACCCUUCAGCCAGUCGAGAAGGCUCUUAAUGAUGCGAAGAUGGAUAAAGGUCAAAUCCAUGAUGUGGUACUUGUUGGAGGAUCUACUCGAAUUCCAAAAAUACAGCAACUUUUGCAGAACUUUUUCAACGGGAAGUUAUUGAACUUGUCCAUCAACCCCGAUGAAGCUGUUGCUUAUGGGGCAGCUGUCCAAGCUGCCGUAUUGACUGGUUCAACAGAUUCUAAAAUCCAAGAUGUCCUGCUGGUAGAUGUGGCACCUCUUUCACUAGGAAUAGAAACGGCAGGUGGUGUUAUGACUAAAAUCAUUGAGCGCAACUCUAGAAUCCCAUGCAAGCAAACUCAGACAUUCACUACAUAUUCCGACAACCAACCAGCAGUCACAGUACAAGUUUUUGAAGGAGAGAGAGCUAUGACAAAAGAUAACAAUCUUCUGGGAACUUUCGAUUUGACUGGAAUUCCUCCUGCUCCUAGAGGAGUUCCGAAGAUUGACGUCACCUUCGAUCUUGAUGCGAAUGGAAUUCUCAAUGUUUCUGCUAAAGAUACAAGUUCUGGAAAUGUCCGAAACAUUACUAUAAAAAAUGAUAAAGGAAGGUUGUCUCAGAAAGAUAUUGACAGAAUGUUAUCCGAAGCCGAGAAGUAUAAAGAGGAGGACGAGAAGCAAAGGCAAAGAGUUGCAGCUAGAAAUAAAUUAGAAGCUUACAUCUUCCAGAUCAAACAGACCGCUCAAGAUUGUGGAGAUAAGUUAUCUGCUCAAGAUAAAUCCACUAUUGAGAGGGAAGUUGAGAGUCAUCUGCGCUGGUUAGACAGCAACUCAUUGGCUGAUAAAGAAGAAUAUGAAGACAAACAAAAACAACUGGAAUCAGUGUGCCGGCCUAUUAUAACAAAACUAUAUGGGGGAAGUGGUCAACCUGGUGGACAACAGAAUAGCUCUGGAUCACCAAACAGUGGACCCACUAUCGAGGAAGUUGAUUAAUUCUCCAGUUAGUUUUUUCAAUUCACCAAAGUUUCAUGUUUCAUAUUUUUUCAGUCGUAGUUAUGCACUCAGUAUUACUAAAAUUUAUAGAGUAUUAGUUUGUUAUUGGUUAUUUAUUAUUGUUAUCUGAAAUGAAUAUUUUUUUUCAUGAAUAAUUUGUAUUCUGUAAUAAAUAUAAUCUUCAAUGAAA